AUUUAACCCAAUUCUUUAAAACCCUAGUCUCCUUUUAAUAUUAGGGUUUCGUCAUACUUUGAGAAAGACGGAGCGAAGCCGGAUUGCACCCACUUCUGAAGAGCAGCGGAAGAAGCAAUGGCGAGAAUCAAGGUCCAUGAGUUGAGACAGAAAUCAAAAACUGAGCUUUUGGCUCAGUUGAAAGAUCUCAAAGCUGAGCUCGCUCUUCUUCGUGUUGCCAAAGUUACCGGUGGUGCACCUAACAAGCUUUCCAAGAUAAAGGUGGUGAGGUUAUCAAUUGCUCAGGUGUUGACAGUGAUCUCACAGAAGCAGAAGGCUGCACUGAGGGAGGCAUAUAAGAAGAAGAAGUUCUUGCCCCUUGAUCUCCGUCCGAAGAAGACCAGAGCCAUCAGGAGAAGGCUUACCAAGCAUCAGGCAUCGCUGAAGACAGAACGUGAAAAGAAGAAGGAAAUGUACUUCCCAAUGAGGAAGUAUGCCAUUAAGGUGUAGGAUAAGAUAUUUGAGAUUCUAUUUUCAAAUCCGUUUGUGUUUACUUAUUUGUGAAAACCCGAGCUGUGAUUUUGUUUGGUUUUUAUGUUUUUGAACAUUUUCCCAUAUGUCAAAUCUAGAUUUUAAUCUUUUUGAUGGAA